AUGGCGGCGCCCAUGGAAGUGGCCGUGUGUACGGACUCGGCGGCCCAGCUGUGGAGCUGCGUCGUGUGGGAGCUGCACUCAGGCGCCAACUUACUCACGUACCGCGGUGGUCAGGCCGGGCCCCGUGGCCUGGCGCUGCUCAACGGCGAGUACCUGUUGGCAGCGCAGCUGGGCAAGAACUACAUCAGCGCCUGGGAGCUGCAGCGGAAGGACCAGCUCCAGCAGAAGAUCAUGUGCCCCGGGCCUGUCACCUGUCUGACCACCUCGCCCACCGGUCUGUAUGUCCUGGCUGGGAUUGCAGAGAGCAUAUACCUGUGGGAGGUUUCCACAGGGAACCUUCUGGUCAUCCUGACCCGCCACUACCAGGACGUCUCGUGCCUGCAGUUCACAGGGGACAGCAGCUACUUCCUCUCAGGGGGCAAAGACUGCUUGGUGCUGGUGUGGAGCCUCAGCAGUGUGCUGCAGGCGGACCCUUCCAGGACCCCAGCCCCCCGGCACGUCUGGUCUCGCCACACCCUCCCCAUCACAGACCUGCACUGUGGCUUUGGGGGGCCCCUGGCCCGGGUAGCCACCGCCUCGCUGGACCAGACGGUGAAGCUGUGGGAGAUCUCCUCGGGCGAACUGCUGCUGUCCGUGGUCUUUGACGUGGGCAUCAUGGCCGUGACCAUGGACCUAGCCGAGCAUCACAUGUUCUGUGGUGGCAGCGACGGCUCCAUUUUCCAGGUUGACCUCUGCACCUGGCCUGGGCAGAGAGAGAAGACUUUCCAGCCGGAGCAGGACAGUGGGAAGGUGUUCAAAGGGCACAGAAACCAGGUGACCUGUCUGUCCGUGUCCACGGAUGGCAGCGUGCUGCUCUCGGGCUCACACGAUGAGACGGUGCGCGUGUGGGACGUCCAGAGCAAGCAGUGCAUAAGGACCCUGACCCUCAAAGGGCCUGUGACCAACGCCUCCAUUGUGCUGGCACCGGUGGGCAUGCUGAGCUCCGACUUCAGGCCCAGCCUGCCCCUGCCCCGCUUCAACAAGCACCUGCUGGGCGCCGAGCACGGGGAUGAGCCGCAGCACGGAGGCCUCACGCUGCGCCUGGGCCUGCACCAGCAGGGCUCGGAGCCUAGCUACCUGGAGCGGGCGGAGCAGCUGCAGGCGGUGAUGUGCAGCGCGAUGGAGAAGAACGUGCUGGGCGGCCAGGACCAGCUGCGCAUCCGUGUGGCCGAGCUGGAGGACGAGGUGCGGAACCUGCGCAAGAUCAACCGGGACCUGUUCGACUUUUCCACACGUGUCAUCACCCGGCCGGCCAAGUGACCCUGGGCCGACUGCAGCCUGGACCACAGCCCCGUGGCGACUGACGGACAGGCCCCCCUGCCACCCGGGAGCACCUGGGUUGCUGUGGCUGGAAGCCCCCAGGCAGACCCCACAUACACACACGCACACCGCUGCGCCCAGCAGGGGCUGGCCUGCCCACCGCUGUCUGUCUGGAGUCCACGCCAGUCGGGUCGUUCUGUGUGGGUUUUGAUCCACUGGUGUCAUUUGUGCCCCAUUUGCUGUUCUGUUUUUAACAAGAGACCUGAAAGCACUUCCA